UCAUGUGUGACCGAAGAGAUCGUGUUUUGUUAAUACAAACAGGAGGAACUAUUGACAAGGACUAUCCAAAAACAAAGUUGGGAUACGCAUUUGAAAUAACGGAUCCAGCAGUCCAACGAAUUCUCCCAAAAGCCCGAAUGGGAAUCGGCUAUGACGUAAUUACCACCUGUCGAAAAGACAGCCAGGAUAUCACAGACGAGGACAGAGAGAAGAUGGCGAAAACCUGCAUGGAGACGCAUUCGAAGAGAAUUCUGGUAACCCACGGGACGGACACUAUGAUCGAAACAGCGACAUACUUAGCUAGUAGAGUGGAUGGCAAGAUCAUCAUAAUAACAGGGGCGUUCUUACCAGAGAUAUUCAGGGCAACAGACGCGGAUUUCAAUGUCGGGUUUGCCAUGGGAGUCCUUCAGACUAUGCAAACACCCGGGGUGUUUAUAGCUAUCAAUGGAUUAGUGUCACUAUGGUCAAAAUGUAGACGCAACAAAGACACAGACAUGUUUGAGGGAGAAUUGUGAUAACAUCCUUGAUAUUUUAUACGUAUUUAUAGGUCCUCGUUGUUAUUUUCUGUGAGUGUAGUUAUGAUAUAUACUUUUGAAUCGGCUGGGAACUAGUACACAGUGGCGGGUUUAAGGGGGGUGCAGCCUCCCAAUAAAAUUUUCAAAUUUAAGGUAAAUCUUAUUUAGAAAAAUGUACUAAACGAUAAAAGAAGGAAUGGUUUCUUUCACUCCCGGAGAAAUAAAUGACAACAUCUUUUAAUUUCUUGAAUUACUUCAUUGGGAGAACUUAAUUUUUUCCAAAAACCCUUAAAAUUUGCGUCGUUUUAUUAAUUUCACCUUAUUAGAAAUAAUAGAAAAUGGUACAAAUGACUAAAUAGGAGACAUAUUUCAAGCCUUAUAAAAUCUGUAAAAUCCGAGCUUCCGGGGGCUCGCCCCCGGUCCCCACCAGGGUUUUGCCCUGGACCCACUGAGGGCCUCAAGGCGCCCCUAGACCCCCUGCCUCAUAAAGUGGCACCCCCGUACAAUUAUACAAAUUGAUUGCGUCUAUAUGCUCAUAUCACUAAUUAUAAGGGCCCCCAGAGGGCAUGUACUGUUUUUAAACAAUAAACUAGUAAUUGCAGUUAUAAC